AUGCCUUCAUAUGCUAAAUUCCUUAAAGAGAUUCUAUCCAACAAGAAAAAGCUUGAGGACGAUGAGACCUUUAUGCUUACUGCAGAAUGCAGCGCUAUCAUUCAAAACAACAUGCCUCUUAAACUUAAAGACCCUAAUAGCUUUUCCAUACCAUGUGUAAUCGGAAAUUUUAUCAUAGACAUAGAUCUAUGCGAUUUAGGAUCCAUGGGUAUGCUAGAGAACGUUUAUGUUCGUAUAGAACAAUUCUAUAUUCCUAUCGACUUUGUGAUUAUGGAUAUAAAGGAGGAUUCCCACAUCCCUAUUAUCUUAGGAAGACCCUUUCUAGCCACAGUCGGAGCCAUCAUAAAUGUGAAAAAAGGAAGGCUAACAUUCAAAGUCGAAGAAGAAAAAGUUGAAUUUCUCUUAGCUAAAUUUCUAUAA